UGGGAYUGAGCAAAGGGGCGUGGUCACGUUGGCGGCGUGCGCCUGGCUGUGUGACACACAACAAGUUAGAGGCGCUGCUGUUGAAGUUUACAACCCACUGAAACAACAACAAACCCACAUCGAACCAGGUCCAUGCAGGAACCGGGACCGACCGGGACCGGAACACACGCUUUGUUUUCACGGACAAUGACGAGCGCGCGAGGAGAGUUAACAGGAUCAUUUCCGUGAGGGUCUGGCAGGAAUCAUACCUCCGCCCUGUUUUCAUCCUGGACCUAGGUGGUCCUGCUGGACUCACUCGGUCCCCCUCKGUCCCUCCAUGAAGCCGUGCGGAGUGUCGCUCCCCGCGGCCGCCGCUGCCCGGAGCCUCGGCACCGCUGCUGCUGGUGAUGACGGAGAGAAAAUGGCGUCGAGAAAAGCCAGUGAAACCGAAGAGGACUCACCGCAGCUAACAGCGCGAGACAAGGAGCUGUUAGCUUCAACGGACAGCUCUCUGUUUGGGUUUCACGGGCUUCAAGAAGAUGGCGCCAGAACGAAGGCCUUGAUGUCCAAGGUACUCCGAGCAGGACCACCUGUCCGUUACCUGCAUGUCCCACCUGAAGCUGUGAGCUGCUAUGAUGCCCUCAUCCUGAAAGCAGAGGGAAAAGUGGACCCUGAGGUUUUCUGCCAGCUUGGUCACUUCAAUCUCCUCCUGGAGGACUAUCCAAAAGCAUUAUCAGCAUACCAGAGGUACUUCAAUUUACAGCCAGACUACUGGAAGAAUGCUGCCUUUUUAUAUGGCCUGGGAAUGGUGUACUUYCGUUACAAUGCAUUUCAGUGCAUCGUCGCGCUAUGACAGCAGGAGAAACGA